ACCAUCCCCAGAGCAUUUUUCAAUAGGGUAUCUCAAGAUAUCACCAGCGUCACUCUCAACGUCCCACGUCUACGGCCUCUACGCUCCGCUGCCCAUCAUGUCGCGCUGCCAGGCUGUCAUGCGGCCAAUCGCUCGGCAGCUGCGGCCCAGCGUCGCCCGACCGUUCACCUCUGCCACAAUUCGACGAUCAGCCGAGACACAGACGGCCACGCCCAGCGCAGCAGACCUCGACCCCAACACGGUGCUCCCCGAGUUUGAGCAGCAGCUCAUGAAGGCUGGAAAGAUGCCAAUUGGAUCACGACGACGGAGAAUGGCUAUCCGGAGCACGGGCGAUCUGCCGUUUGAGCAUCUCCCGUACCAGGCUUUCCAAGAGGCUCGCAAGAUUCUGGCUGUGGAUCGGGAACAGAAGCUGGCGGAGAUUAGCAAAGAGCUUGACAAGAUUUCUCGGUUAGAAGCUACGAGCCCGGAGGAAAUUAAAGGGGGACAGAAGAUGAAGGAUAUCAAGAUAAAGAGUCUGCACAAAUAUGUUGAGAGGCUCAAGAUCCUUGCAGAUGCUAAUGACCCUGUUGUCAAGAAGCGUUUUGAAGAUGGAACAGGCGACAUGAACAAGCCUAUUUACCGUCACUACGCCGAGGCCAAGUGGCGCUCCUACGACCAACGUCUCAUCACCCAACGUAUCAAGCAGUUCAACAUCGUCCCCGACGUCCUCCCCAAGCUCGAACCCACCGCCGACGUCCAGCUAUACUUCCGCAAGCUCAAGAUUCCUCCCGGCCAGAUCGUCGACAGUGUCGUCAGCGAGAACGCACCCCGUCUUCGAGUCCAAGUCUUUGACAAGGGCGAGCGACUCGUCUCCGUAGUCGUCCUCGACUCUGAUGUUCCCAACCCAGACUCCGAUACCUUCAACAAGCGCUGCCACUUCCUCGCCGCCAACAUCCCCAUCAGCCCUACAGAGACAUCACUACCGCUGAGCAGGAUAAAGGGCGAGGAUCAGCUUGCUCUACCGUGGCUCCCCGCAUUCUCCCAAAAGGGCGCCCCGUACCACCGUCUCGGUAUCUACCUCCUCGAGCAGCAACCCGGCAAGAAGAUCGACGUUGCCAAGCUCAAGGAACUAUACAGCCAGCGCGAUGGAUUCUCGCUCAAGUCCUUCCGCGACAAGUUCAGCACAACGCCCUUUGGGUUCAACAUGUUCCGUAGCGUCUGGGAUGAAAACACCGCGGCGGUCAUGGCGCGACACAACAUCCCCGGCUCAGAUGUCGAGUUCAGGCCUACGCGUGUGUACAGCCUGAAGCCUCCUGUCAAGCCUCGCGGAUGGGAAGCCAAGCGACAAGGACCCAAGUACCGUCACCUUUGGAAGUACACCAAGAACAUCAGGGGUAUCUCUAACUCGAGGGGAUGGAUCAAGAGGAGGUAGAGCUAUGGACGAGCGUGUAUCAUAUUACUGUACAUUUAGAAGAUGGGAGAAGACCAAAAGAAAUACAUUGGUGCAACUCGGUUCUACUCAAUCAUCACCAGGUGGUUUAACCAGCGCCUUGAAUUAUCGUUGUUCCCGUGAUUGGCUUUAGCCGCAUUAUUUCCUACCAGUAACCGCCAUCUCGUUUCAACGUAUCACCACCAAUCAUAAGCCUCAACUAUAGUUAGACGUUUCUUCGGUGGCAACACUCGCCACGAUCUCGACGACAUCGCAAAUGGCUCUAAUUGGCAUGAAAUGCGGAGUCACGAUGAUCAACUUCUACAUAUGUUCAAGCUCAGGGUCAUCAAGGGGUUCAACCUGUGGCAAAGCUCGAUAUUGCCACUAAACUUUACCUUUGACAACCCCGUAUCCCCAACCUUUGUCCUUUAACAUCUCGUGUCCUUGAUGAGUCCAGAUCUUUCCAUGUCGGCAAAAGUCCCUGGCAAUUCGAUGGCCAGUAGUCAUUUCGAUCGCAAGUCUCCUCGUCACAAGCUGCAGAGCCCCUUCGGACCAUUUGCUCAGGACGGUUUGUCACCUGCGGCUAUCGUUUCCUUCUUCAGGUUUGAAUCUUUUUCUUGCAUUACCUUCCCUGCCCCCCUCGCCAUGGGAUUCAUUAUCUCCCUCCUUGAAAGCACUCGAGACAUCCUGUCAUAGUAACAGGAAGCCUCUCCUAUAGAUCCCUUUCCAUAGGCACCAAAUUACUGGCCAAGGGCCAAGAAUCAAACCAGUUAUCACGAGAACUUCAUACUCGGCAGCCCAUUUAGCAAUCGCACAUCCCAUCUGCACAAAUCGGAUCAUGAUCGUGAAAGCAUCAAGUCAUAAAAUAUUUCCUUGCCGUACCCCUUUUGCCAAACUCCUUUCAGUAGUUAUGCGCCAUAUCACCUCUUCCUGUUAUGGGAACGGCCACUCGUGGUACUGUUGCCGCACCGUAACCAGAUUUUGUCAGGGUAUCUCCCAGCUGAACCAUCUCGCUCG